AUGGUUGUUAUCUCCAGCCUUCUCGUCGCCUCUGCGAUGGCGACUGCAGCUUUUGCUGCCCCUGCUCCUGCCCCCCAGGCCAAGCGUGCCACCAACUCUAAGAAGGGUGCUGCUUACAACGACGCCAGCCUCGUCAGCCUGGUUACUGACGCUUCCUGGGCCUACAACUGGGACUACGAAGUGGGAGGCACUCUCCCCGACGGCGUCGAGUUCGUGCCCAUGAUGUGGGGAACUGGUGAUGAAGAUGUCUGGACGUCUGCCAUCGAAACUGCCCUCGACAACGGUGCUACGGCCAUUCUCGGCUUCAACGAGCCCGACCUCUCUACCCAGUCUAACCUGACCCCUGCCGAGGCUGCUGCUGCCUACAAGCAGUACAUCACUCCUUACAAAGACCAAGCCCAGCUGGUUGCUCCCGCUGUCACCAACGGCGCUGCCCCUAUGGGUCUCACCUGGCUGGAGGAAUAUUUGGAGGAGUGCAAUGGUGAGUGCGGUCAAACCGCCAUUGCCAUCCACUACUACGCCUAUGUCACCGACACUGCCUUUGAAGACUACGUCAACGAGGCCUAUGCCGUUGCUGAGAAACACGGCAUUUACAAAGUCUGGAUUACCGAGUUCGAGCUCACUCCUGCCACAGAUGCCGAGCAGGUGUCAUUCAUUAGCGAGGUUCUCCCUUGGUUGGAUGAGCAGGACUUUGUUGAGCGUUACUCUUACUUCUUUGUUGCUGAGGACUACCUUGUUGACUCUGCCGGCACUGCCUUGAGCGAGAUUGGUUCUGCCUACAACAACGAUAGCUAG